UGGCCUAACUUUCUCGGAGCAGGUGUCUUUGAAGGAGCUCACACUUGGAGGCGUGAGGAGGGGAAACAUCACCAUACCGCAUUUCCCUCUCUAGACCUCCUAAAUAUUUAGAUGUUUGCAAACAUGGUUUCCAAGUUGACAUCUUUGCAACAGGAGCUUCUGAGCGCCUUGUUGGACUCUGGAGUUACCAAAGAUGUGCUUCUGCAAGCGUUGGAUGACCUGGACCCGAGCCCGACCGCUUUUGGAGUUAAACUGGACAGUCUGCAGAUGUCCCCUUCCGGCUCCAAGCUCAGCGAUACGGAUUCAAAGCCGGUGUUUCACACGCUCACAAAUGGACACAGUAAAGGGAAGUUAUCCGGAGAUGAAGGCUCGGAGGACGGGGAUGAUUAUGACACACCGCCGAUCCUCAAAGAGCUCCAGUCUCAAAACACCGAGGAAGCGGCCGAGCAGAGGGCAGAAAUAGAGCGAAUGUUGGCGGAGGACCCGUGGCGCGCGGCCCGCAUGAUCAAAGGCUACAUGCAGCAGCACAAUAUCCCUCAACGCGAGGUGGUGGAUGUGACGGGCCUCAAUCAGUCGCACCUGUCGCAGCACCUGAAUAAAGGCACGCCUAUGAAAACGCAGAAACGCGCGGCGCUCUACACCUGGUAUGUGAGGAAACAGCGGGAGAUCUUGCGACAAUUCAACCAGGCCACACAAGGCUCUGGUGGCACCAUGUUAGACAAAGGAAAUCAGGAUCAGGUACUACUUUUUUUCUCAGAGUUUAGUCAAUCUGGGCAAGGUAUGGUCCAGCCAGGUGAUGAUGCUGCCAUUGAGCCUGCCAGCAAGAAGCUCAGACGCAACCGUUUCAAAUGGGGGCCUGCAUCCCAACAAAUCCUUUACCAGGCUUACGAACGGCAGAAAAACCCCAGCAAAGAGGAGAGAGAGGCAUUGGUGGAGGAGUGCAACCGGGCUGAGUGCCUCCAAAGAGGAGUGUCUCCAUCCAAAGCUCAUGGACUUGGCUCCAACCUGGUCACAGAGGUGCGAGUCUACAACUGGUUUGCCAACAGAAGAAAGGAAGAAGCCUUCAGACAAAAGUUGGCUAUGGAUGCCUACAGUGGGCCAGCGCAUAGCCUGAGCUCCCUCCUUUCACAUAGUUCCCCGCAUCACCCACAAACUAGCAGCUCCCCACCGAGCAAGAUGCAAGGUGUCCGGUACAGCCAACAAGGUCCAGGUGAAGUCAGUUCUUCAACAACGAUUAAUCACCAUAGCAGCAAUGCCAUGUCAACCAGCCAGUCAGUGUUACAGCAGGUCUCUCCAGGGGCACUGGACCCCAGCCACAGCCUCCUGUCACCUGAUGCCAAGAUGAUCUCGGUAUCAGGUGGAGGUCUUCCUCCAGUAAGUACCCUGACCAACAUCCACGCAUCCCACCACGUGCACCAACAGACCCCUAACCUCAUAAUGCCACUCUCUGGAGUCAUGGCCAUUGCACAAAGUGAGUGUCCAUCCACAUUUGGUUUCCUUUUCAGAUUAUUCAUACAUUCUCUUCUUAACACCGUAAUAUUCUUGCAUUCAGGUUUAAACACAUCGCAGGCCCAGACGGUGCCUGUCAUUAACAGCGUUGCAGGCAGUCUGGCAGCACUGCAGCCAGUGCAGUUCUCACAGCAGUUAAAUAGCCAACACCAGCAGCUCAUGCAGCAGUCAUCUGGACACAUGAGCCAACAGUCCUUCAUGGCCUCCGUCUCACACUCACACAUGUACCCACACAAGCAGGAGCCACCCCAGUAUUCUCAUUCGUCUCGGUUUCCCCCGGCCAUGGUGGUGACAGACGCCAACAGCCUUAGCACACUGAGCUCAAUGUCCUCCAGCAAACAGUGUCCGCUACAGGCCUGGUGAAUGCAUACACCUGACUUCUUUGAUGCCAAGCAACAGGAGCACAUUGUCCCAACCUCCAUUUCCCUUCAUCGCACCCGUAUCCAUGGCAACCCAUAAUAUGUGUGAGCGGCACGCUGGAUGAUCAGUUGGUCAAUAAACCACGAGCUGAAGGCAGGACUGAUGAGAAUGAACACUGUUGGGGUGUUUGGGUUCACCGUUGGCUGACUAGAAGUCCGGCUCGGAUGAUCAACAUGGCGCCCAAUUUAGCGACAGUAUUUUACUUCUUAGUGAUGGACUAACCAAAUUAAGGAACGCACAUGAUCCUUAUGAACAAACAAAUAGGAAAUGCAUACAACACAGUCAGAUGAAGAUGCAAAGAUGGAGCGAAAAGACCUGAAAUCCAGGAAUAAGAGCACAAAAUGUGUUUGUAUGUAAAACCUUACAAUCAAACUGUGUGGAUCCAAUGACAAUCAGACAAUGUUCGAAGCAUCGUUUAUGUAAAAUAACUGAUGCAAAGACGUCUUCCUUGAGAUAUCAAUGCUUAGAAAAUGUUCUGUACAGUUGGGUGUAAAUACAAGCAAUUAUUAUAUCAUUAUUAUUAUUAUUUCAUUAGUAUGAAGGAUGUAAAUAUUCAGUUUUAUCUGUCUAAACAUGUAAACUGUGAUUGUGGAUGUGACAAUCUAAGGAACAGGUAUGACGUAUUGAAAUAUGCAGUGUGCCAGAGAGCAGGAUUUCAAAACUUUUCAGACGGCUUCGUUGACGUCAGAUCUUAAAAGGGAGAUAAAUGUUAAAGCACAUUCAACAAAACGUUGAACCUAUUGAUCCUCCUGUAAGCCUUGUUUUAAAAUAGACACCGUUGUCAAUGUUGACCUCCAUUAGUGUGGCGUCAGAUAGAUAAGAGUCAUCUUUCUGUGCCAGCCAAAGAAAUACUGGAUUAAGAAGUGGUCGAUCGGAGAAACUCAAAGAUAACUCUAACUGUAAAGCAGUUCACCAUUUUUGUGAUACUGGGAAGAACGGCCAUGAAUCAUGACAUUUCUAAUAUAAAUAUUGACCUACAGUCAAACUGUCAUUGUGAUGGUGGAAAGAUAUGUGAAAAAAGAGCGUCCUGUUGAAUUGGUCAACGUAAUUGUUAUCAGCUGGAAUUUCAUAAGUUGAGGAAAUUGAGUCAGUUUGCAAUUUCAAACAGUAUUAGCUGCUCAUGCAACUGAACUACCGGAAAGCAUUGUGAAAUAGUUUUUACUGUGGCUUUUUUUUUUUAAAACAUCUAGGCCCAAUCCCAAUUUUUCCUCUUAGCCCUUCCUCUUGUCUCAAUUCUUUUUAGCUUGAAGGUGUAGGGCUUAUGGGGAAUGCAUUCAUUACUGCGUUUAUGUUUUACCAUCAUGCUUUAAAAAAAAACAAAAAAACGCUAAAAUAAAAACCGCUAAGUUUUGCUAUCUAUAAUCCACAAUAAUAACUCCUGUAUAGUCGUCCCACAACAUUCUGACACUCGAUGACACUCGAAUACUCUGUCAGAAAAGUAGUGGCUGGAACUGACCUUUUUAGUGUCUGCUAUAAUGUUAAUGUUGUUAUUGUAUGUUUACAUGCCACUGUGUAAAUGUGCAGCAUAGUUACAGUCUAAUUACCACAUUAUAUCAUUAUGAUAACAUGAUAUUGUUGCCUUCAAAAAUCUCUUGAAGAUAAAUACCAAAAAAUAAACCAACUGGAAUAACCACAGCAGUCGCGAUUGUCUGAUCUCAUAUGAAGCAAGAGAUCAUAAUGACGUGUGCUGGUUCUGUAGUGCUGUCCCAUUUCUUAGGGGUACAUUUUAAAGCCCUUCACCUUCACACUCUGUUUCAAGGGCCAAGAGGUAGGGGUAUAAAAAUAGAAUUGGGAUUGGGUCUUACUUGCAUUUACAUCAAUGAGACGAAAACAGUUCCAAGCCUAAUUCAAGCAUCCUUUUUAGAUCCACCUGAGAGUUUGAUUCAUUUAUUCAUUCAUUUUCGGGUUAGUCCCUUUAUUCCUCAGGGGUCGCCACAUCGGAAUGAACCGCCAACUUAUCCAGCAUACGUUUUAAGCAGCGGAUGCUCUUCCAGCCGCAACCCAGUACUGAGAGUUUGAAUACUUGUCAAAAGGUCAUUUGAAUGUUUUUUUUUUUUUAUGUUGUAACUAUGUUCCCACUGCCAUUGCUGGUUUAUUACCCUGUUUAAUGCUGGAUUUAUACAAGAUGUGAUUUGUUCCACAUUGUAUUAUUUUUGUACAAAAUGAAAUCAAUCUUUUAAAAAUCACUAUUUAUGCUUUACGGAAAAAGCUUUAAGUAAAGUUUUUUCCUCAAGAUUGAUAA